ACUUCUUUUACCGAUAAAGUUGCGUUUAGUUAUAGGUUCUACCGCACGCUAAUUUAUGAUAAAACGUAAAGACGGAUUGUACUUAAAUUAUAAUGGGAUCCACUCAAUUAUUAACUGCUCUUGUCGGCCUAGAAGUUCACGCCCAGAUUUUUUCGAAAUUUAAGGUUUUUUCUAAAGUAAAAGCUUUAUUUGGCGAGAAACCAAACACUUUGGUUUCCCUCUUAGACGCAGGAUUUCCGGGGACGUUACCUGUACUCAACCGAAGGUGCCUUGAUGCAGCUAUUAUAACGGGACUGGCGCUUCGAGGGAAUAUCAGCAACUAUGUAACAUUUGAUAGGAAGCAUUACUUCUACUCAGAUUUGCCUCUGGGUUAUCAAAUUACUCAAAAAACGCCUAUCGUAACUGGAGGUUAUGUAAUAGUCAAAGAUGAACGAGGUAUGGGACGUGAAAUCAGAAUCGAAGGGGUGCACUUAGAGCAGGAUUCCGGAAAAUCAUUUGAGUUACAAGGUACUAAAGCAACUUUAGUGGAUCUUAACCGCUGUGGUGUCGGUUUAUUGGAGAUAGUGACUAAGCCUGACUUAAGGAACGGGCAAGAGGCAUUGACGUUUGUGCGGGAGCUCCGUCGCAUUUUACAAGAGAUCGGAGUUUGCACAGCUAAAGUCGCCGCUGGCGAGAUGCGCGUGGAUGCCAACGUUUCUGUCCAUAGUCCAGGUGGACCUCCGGGGACUCGGGUGGAACUUAAAAACGUAAGCGGAGCAAAGAGCCUUCGGGAGGCAAUCGAUCAGGAGAUCGACCGCCAAAAGGAAUUGACCACUUCGGGCUACGCAGUUUCUAGGGAGACCCGCUCUUACUCGCUUCGGAGCAGAUCUACUUUUGUAAAAAGGGUUAAAGAGAGUCUCGAGGACUACAGAUAUCUUCCUGAGCCUGACUUGCCCGCAAUUCUCGUCCCAAAGUCGUACGUGGAGCAUCUAAGGACAAGACUUCCAGAGCUUCCCUUGAAUACACUAUCGAGAAUCUCGAAGCAGUACGGCAUUGGGACCCGCCAGUGCCAGAUCCUCGUAGCACGGCCGGGGGCGGUUCAAUACUUUGAAAAGGUUUGUCAGGGGAGGAAAGCCUCUUUGGUGGCGUCCUUAGUGGUGUACGACGUCAUGAAGGAACUGAAUAAACAGAAAAUAGAAAACUUCGAAGACUGCCCCCUGCCCCCAGAACGUCUGGGAAUUCUUGUUGAUGCCGUUGCAGAGGGGAUCGUCUCCGUUUCCAAUGCAAAGCUGGUGAUUCCGCAUCUUUUCGCCUCCUCCAAGAGUGUCGCACAAAUCAUAGAGGAGAACAAUUGGAGGCAAAUCGACGAUCCCGAAGAGGCCGAGCGAUUCUGUCGCUCUUGCUUUAGCAAUAGCCCCGUUUUUGUGGAAUACUUAAAGGGGAAGAGAGAAAAGCUUGGUACUCUCCUUGGAUUGGUUAAAGAAAAGUCGAAUGGCCGCAUACCGUCCGGCCUCGUUAUUGAGUCCAUUAACAAGCUCCAAGCGGAGCACAAGCAUAUUUGAAUUUAACGAGCACUCCUCUGACAUUCAUUUGCGUGCACAAUAACUUUAUUACUGCCAUGUUAGCUUUAGCGUUUGACCCUGAGGACGGACAUAACGUGUUUUAACCAACAUGUACAAAAAGAGGAAUAAAAGUGUAUAGUAACCAAGUGAACUUUU